AUGAACAAAUCAAUUGCACCAAGUAAGAAAGGUUAUGUAAUGCCAAACGUUAUCCUACAAUAUCCACCCGAAAUUACGCCAAUGGAACUUAUACAAAAGGCAAUUUCAAAAUUUAAGUCCAGCGGGAAAAUUUCUCGAAUUCCCAACUCUUUUAUUACAUAUCGUAUGGCGUUCUGCAAAGAACUUCACUUGAUCAAGCAUCCAGUCAUCACACAACCACAACUCUCCGCAUUAAUCAGAGAGUCUUGGAAAAAAGAACCAGAACACAUAAGAAGAGAAUAUCAUCAGAUUGCGAAAGAAGCUAAAGCGCUUUUUAAUCAAAUAUGCAUAGAACGUUUAAACGAAAAUGAAUACCAAGACAAAAAUAACACUGUCCAACAAUUUUUGACAAAUGAUUUCUACCAAGACGCAUCUUUCAAUCAAUAUUUACAAUCGACGCCAUUUUCUGCGCAUUUUCUUAAUGAAGAUUAUAUAGAUGGAAUACGCGAUUCUUUUCCGAAAAAUGCGUUAAUGCAAUAUUCUUCUAAUUUUAGACCAUUUUCUUUUAAUUUAAAUCCAAUAAAUGAAACUUCAAUUUCAUCUAAUAGUUUUUCUACUUCUAUAGAGCAUUCAAACAUCUAUGGUGUUUCAAAAAAUAGUAAUACCAAUAAUCAUUUGAAACAAUGUGAUUGUGGAUGCCUUUCCUGUAAGGAUAGAAUAGAAUAUUUAGAAAAUCGCGUUAGAGAAUUGCAAGAAAGUCUAGAGAAUUCUAAAAUUUUUUUUACUAAUAAUAACACAUAG